CUGCACUGAGCGACCCUGUGCCUCAGCGCUCCUCAGCCUUUAACGAUCACACUCAGCAUCAACCAUGGCCCCCCAGAUCCCCAAGACCCAGAAGGCAGCCGUCGUCCAGAAAACAGGCGGAAAGGUCCAGAUUAAGGACGACAUCCCAGUCAAGCAACCUGAGGACCUCGCCCCCGGCGAAUGUCUCCUCAAGAUGCACUGCACAGGUGUUUGUCAUACCGACCUGCACGCUGCCCUCGGAGACUGGCCUAUUCCUCCCCAAGUCCCUCUCAUCGGUGGACACGAAGGCGUUGGAGAAGUCGUUGCUAUUGGAAAGGACACUGUCCACAGUCCGGUGAAGAUUGGAGAUCGCGUUGGAGUAAAGUGGAUUGCCUAUUCGUGUCUCAACUGCGAGCAGUGUAGGAAAGGCUUCGAGCAAAACUGCUACAAUGUGAAACUCAGUGGAUACACUGUCGACGGAACCUUUUCGCAGUAUCUGGUCUCCUACGUCAAUUGCGUCACUCCCAUCCCAGAUGGAAUUCCAAGCGAAGACGCUGCCUCUAUCCUCUGCGCUGGCUUAACCGUUUACCGUGCACUCAAAUACAGCGAAACCGUUCCCUAUGAUUGGAUCGUCCUCCCCGGUGCUGGUGGUGGCCUUGGUCAUCUUGCUGUCCAAUACGCCAAGUACAUGGGCCGUCGCGUCAUCGCCAUCGACGGUGGCGAGGAGAAGAGGAAGCUCUGCGAAUCCCUAGGUGCUGACGCCUGGAUUGACUAUACCACUUGCAAAGACAUCGUCGCAGAAGUCAAGAGGAUCACCGAAGGCAAGGGCGCUCACGCUGCAGUGGUGACCACCGCCUCCAGCUCUGGAUACACCCAAGCCGUCGACUACCUCCGUGACGGUGGCAAGCUCAUGGCCGUUGGUCUCCCCGCCAAAGCGACCCUCGAUGCUUCCAUCUUCUUCACCGUUUUCAAGAGCAUCAAGAUCAUCGGAUCCUACGUCGGAAAUCGUGAAGACGCCAACGAAGCGAUCAAGAUCGCCGCUGCUGGUAAAGUCAAGGUCUUUUACAAAUGUGACAAACUUAGUGCCCUGGAGAGCGUAUACGAUCUACUCGGGCAAGGCAAGAUCGCGGGACGAAUCGUGUUGCAGAUGGAGUAAAUGUGACCGGAUUUCAAAUCUAAGUGAUUGUAUUAUAGGUGUAUGUGACAGAUGACGGACACAAAGAAUCGAAUAUCAUUGUCGACCUCAAAGAAAA